AUGCCCACGCUUUACCCGACCUCCAACGCAAUCUUCGAGCAAAGAAUCUCAGGUGCGGAAGAUGCGAGGUGGUUUCAGACCUCUACAGGAAAAAACGCCUCGCUCGGGAAGCAUACAAUUAGAUCAAGAAGCCAUGACACAUUUGCCUCCCGUUUUUGCAAACAAAACUUUUCCGUGCCAUCGUCAGUGAGAUUUCGGAGCUCUCGAUAACGGGAACGCGACCAUAUAACCCCACGGUGGAAGCCAAUGAUCGUACGCAAUUAUAGUUGAGAAGUAGGAAAGCAUCCAUGAACAAGGUUUGUGGCCGAAGGCAUAAUACAGAAAGUCGGAAUAGGUAUGCAUAUGCCGGGAUAUCAGCAGUUUAGUGUAUACAGGAUUGCGUGAGAAAAGUGGUAGGUAAGGUGUGUUUCGAAUAUC